AUGGAUGCCCCGCUUCGCCCGGAGCAGGCGGUGCCUCCAGAGCCACCCGUCACACCCUAUGUCGGGCUCCUUCCCCCCUCGGCGGAGGCGGCGGCCGCUCCUCCCUCGCCUCGCCCCGGCGGGAACAAGGGCGCUUUGAGCGGCGGGCUGGCCUGCCAGCCCCAGCCCCUCCACGCGGGACCCCCGGCCGGAGCCUCUUUCUUCGGGGACGGCUACGUGGAGAUGCCGCUGGCGGACGCCUCGCGCACGGUGCGGCUCCGCCUGCAGCUGUACACCAGCCAGGGGAGCGGGCUCCUCUUCCUGGCCGCCGGCCAGCCCGACCACCUCCUGCUCCAGCUGCGAGCCGGCAGCCUGCAGGCCAGGCUGCAGCUGGGCUCAGAAGAGGUGACCCUGCAGUCCCCAGCAGAGCUGCAGCUCAAUAACCUGGCGGUGCAUGACGUGGAGCUGCUGGUGGAAGAUGGCAGGAUGAUGCUGACCAUCGACGGCCUCUUCAACAGCUCCGUGGACAUCGCAGGACCUGUACGGGAGCUGGACAUCCAGUAUGGCCUCUAUGCCGGCGGGACAGGCAGCCUUGACCUGCCGUACCUCGCCGAGGCCAGCUCGCCCUUCAGAGGUUGCCUCCACUUAGUGACAUUCAACGGUCUGGAUGUCCUCUCCCCCCUGUCCUCUGAUGGCAGCUCCAAGAUCUUCCACCGGGUCCAGGAAGGGUGCAGCACACAGUUCUCUGCAGAGCCCGAGGACCCCUUCGGGUUCCUGGGGCCACACUCCUACAUUGCGUUUCCCACGUGGGAUGCGAGGGAGGAAGCGACCAUUGAGUUUGUGAUAACGACGAGCAUCACCCAGGCACCCCUCAUCUACCACGCGGGGCUGGAGAAUGACUUCUUCUACCUGGAGAUCUCCAACGGGCGCCUGAGAGGGUUUGUUGAGAAGGGGAACGGCAUCAUCGUCCUGCACAACAAUGUCUUCAUCAGCGAUGAGCAGCAGCACUAUGUCAAAGUCUACACGGACAUGCAUAAGUUUGAGAUACUGAUAGAUUACUACGCUUCAUCCACAUCCAACCGGGGCAUCAACAACUACUUGGACCUUCAGGGAAACCUCUUCAUUGGAGGUAUGAACGAAAAAGCUUUGCAAAGGCUGAAGGAGCAUCAUCUUGCUUUCAUCUCGGUGUGGACCAUGACCAACAACUCGUUUGUUGGCUGCUUGGAGGACCUGCGGAUAAACCUGCAGAGGAGGAGUCUGCAGGAUGCCGUGAUCACAAAGGACAUCACAUCAGGCUGUGGAAAGCAGGAGCACUACUGGGACUAUGACGAGGUGUACGAGCAGGAUGAGGCACCCACCUCCCCACCUCCGGAUGUCUGGUCAGGAGCACCAGGCCUGAUGGUGGAACUGUGCCAGCCGGACAACAGCUUCCCACCCGCCUUUGCCAACAUCAGCAGGCUGCUGCACGUCAGCCCCCUCAUCGUCUCUGAAGGGGGCACAGCCUAUCUGGAGUGGAAACACACCCAGCCAACGGUAGACUUGAGCCUUGCAAACAUCCGACAGUCCCAAAUCCUCUUUAGCAUCACCAACGACCCUAGGUACGGUCAGCUGGAGCUGGACAUUCCUGGGUCCAGGAGCAGAAGGAAGUUCACCUUGUUGGACAUUGUGAAUCGGAAAGUCAGAUACGUCCACGAUGGCUCUGAGGGGCCCAUGGACCAGCUGAUGCUGGAGGUGACAGUGACCGCCCAGCAAGGGGUCCCAGAGUGCUUGCGGCAGGGGCAGAUGUACCUGCUGCCCAUCAUGAUCAACCCCAUCAAUGAUGCCCCACAGGUGAUCUUUCCCCAUGGGAACCACAUGACAAUCCUGAAGCACACACGGAAACACCUGACCACAGACAUCCUGCAGGUCCUAGAUGAUGACACAUCCUGUGAUGACCUCGAAUUCCAGCUGCACGGUGGCCAGCAGAUGGAGGAGGGUUAUGUGGAGUAUGACUUUCACCCUGGAGUGCCCAUCGAAGAGUUCUCCUGCAGGGACCUGGAAGCAGGCAAUGUAGUCUACGUGCACCAGGGUGGGACAAACUCACAGCUCACCUUGCAGGUGAGCGACGGCACAGUCCCAAGCCCCAUUGCCACCCUGAGGAUCCUCGCCAUCGACCCUGACAUCCUCCUGCACAACAACACUGGCCUCUCCAUCUCCCAAGGAGGGGCUGCACGCAUUACCACAGCCAACCUGUCAGUGGAGACAAAUGCAGUGAAACAACGGGUCGCCAUCCUGUACGUCCUCACAGAGCCCCUAAGGUAUGGUGAGGUCCAGAAGCAAGGGAGCAUGGGAGGGGAAUGGAAAAAAGUCGAGUCCUUCCACCAGCAAGACCUGGAGCAAGGGCGCAUCCAGUAUUUUAGCACAGACCCGGAGCACCGGCUGGAAGAUGUUGUGGAGAAGCUGAGAUUUGAAGUCCAGGUGGGGCAGAAGGUCUUGCAAAACACCACCUUUCUCAUAAGAAUUAAAAGAGCCACUAUUAAGAUGAGGACCAUGGUCCCCCUCCAGAUGAAGAACAAGCGGCACAGAAAUAUCACCAGUAAGGAGCUGGAGGCAAUGUUGGAAGAUCCAAACGCUGCUCCACUCCCCUUCCACUACGUGAUAAUCCAGGCUCCCAAAAAGGGAAACCUGGAGCUGCUCGGCAACAGGCUGACUGAAGGCUUUGGAUUUACCCAAGAUGACCUGCAAAGAAACCACCUGAGCUACAGCGCGACCAUCAGGAACUCUCAGCAAGCCGAGGACACCUUCCAGUUUCGCGUCCGUGCUGGCGAGCAGCACUCUCCCGUCUAUACCUACACAAUCAGCAUCGGUGGGGAUCCUGAUGCACCAGCCCUUACCAAUGUCCUCCUGACUGUGCCGGAAGGGGGGCAAGCCAUCAUCUCCAAGGACCACUUGUUUGUACAGAGCAUGAACAGCAUGGACUACCUCUAUGAAGUGAUUGAGGGGCCAGCACAUGGGAGGCUGGCCUGGGCUGCGUCCCCUGGCUGGGCCUCCAGAGAGGAGAUCACAGAGUUCACCAACGACGACAUCCUCCACCGCCGGCUACUGUACCAGCACGAUGACUCCGAGACGCUGGAGGAUGACAUCCCCUUCGUAGCGAUCAGGCAGGGCGAGGGCAGCGCUGAGCCCGAUGCAGAGGAGGUGAGAGGUGUUUUCAGGGUCUCCAUCCAACCCGUCAAUGACCACACCCCGGUCCAAGUGGUGAACAAGGUCUUCAAUGUGGUGCGCAAUGGGCAGCACCUGCUGACGACAGAUGACAUCGCCUUCACAGACAAGGACUCUGGCUUCUCUGACACACAGCUGGUGCUGGCGAGGAAGGACAUUUUGUUUGGCAGCAUCGUGUCCGCCGAUGACAGAAGCCAUCAGGUCUAUCGGUUCACACAGGAUGACUUGAGGAAGAAGAAGAUCCUCUUUGUCCAUUCGGGGGCUGACCGGGGCUGGAUCCAGCUACAAGUCUCAGAUGGCCUCCACCAAACCACAGCCCUCCUGGAAGUACAGGCAUCAGACCCCUACAUUAAAAUAGUCAACAACACCGGUCUAGUCAUCCACCAAGGGAGCCGAGGGAGCAUUGACUCUUCCAUCCUUAGCCUGGAGACCAACAUGGACAUCAGGUCAGAUGAAGAGAUACGGUUCCUGAUAACAACCCCCCCAAGGUGGGGGACCGUGCUGAGAGGGGAGCAGCCGGUCAUGGCCUUCUCCCAGAGGGACCUGCUAGCAGGAGAGAUCUCCUACCACCACAACGGGAGCAGGAACACCCGGGACGAGCUCCAGUUCACUGUAGAAGCGAACGAGGUGGUGGUGGAGGACACGCUGGCUAUCAGCGUGUUCUUGGACACCCAUCCCAGCCCCCUGCGCAUAGUCAACCACAAGGAGAUACACGUAUUCCAGGGGGAAGCGGCUGGGAUCAAGGAGGAGUACCUACUGGUGGCCCACGAAGAGAUCCCUCCCCAGGACAUAGUCUACCUGGUGAGCAGCCCCCCAGCCUCCGGCUUCCUGGCGAUGCUUCAGCACGGCCGAGACUCGAAUGAGCAGCCCAGCCUGGACCCCAUCCAGUCCUUCACCCAGGAGGACAUCAACAACGGCAGAGUCCUGUACCUCCACUCCAAGCCAGAGGAGGAGCAUGACCGGUUUGUCGUGGACAUCACAGCCAGCGGUGCAGAUCCGCUGGAGGGGGUGGUGGUGAGCCUGACCGUGCUCCCCAUCACCGUCCCCCUGGAUGUCCACAACAUCACAGUGCCAGGAGGUGGCUCUGCUACCCUCUCCACAGGCAUCCUCAACAUCCCCAACGCCUACUACAUGGCUCUCGGUGUGGAGUUCACGGUGCUCGAGCCCCCCCGGUUCGGCACCCUCCUGAACAGCGAGCGGCCCGAGGAUGGCAGGCUGCACAGCUUCACCUGGAGUGAGGUGGAGAAGCAGCAGAUCCAGUACAGGCAGGAUGGCCCCCGGGCCCUGGCCGACAGCUUCACCCUCCUGGCCAACGCCUCCGAGAUGAACCGGCAGAGCCAGCCCAGGACCCUCUUCAUCACCAUCCUGCCCCGCAGCUCCAAGGGGCCCCGGCUGCGGGUCAACGCCGGGCUGCAGCUGCGGGAAGGCACCACUGCUGCCAUCGGCCCCCACGUCCUGAGCGCCGAGGACGAGGACUCCCCAGCAGAGGAGGUGACCUACUCCAUCCAGCCCCCGGCCAACGGGAAGGUUGUGCUGAGGUCGGCGCCCGGCGCUGAGGUCCGGCGGUUCACCCAGGCCCAGAUAAACAAUGGCCUCAUCCUCUUCGUGCACCAAGGGCCCCUGGAUGGGGGCUUCGCCUUCGACCUGUGGGACGGUGAGAACCUGUCUCCUGGGCACUUCUUCCUCGUCAGGGCCCAGAGAGAGCCCCUCAUCAGCCUGGCCAAGAAGCAGAGCCUCACCGUCUGCCCAGGUGCCCUGCAGCCCAUCACCAGCCAGAACCUGCAGGCAGUGAGCAACAGCCCCGCCGGCUCCACCGCUCUAUACUACAGCAUCGAGCAAGCCCCACGCCUGGGCAGGCUCAGCACCUCCCAGGGGGAGGAAAUUAGGAACUUCACCCAAGCCCAGGUGGACAGCAGGUUGAUUUUCUACCAGCACGAGAUGCCAGAGAAGCCCUUCUGGCUCGCCCAAGAUGCCAUCCGCUUCCGCGUGGUCGCUCCCACGACCAUCUCCGAUUCCUUCAUCCUCCUCGUGCUGAUCUCCUUCGAGACAAGGUGUCCCCAGCGCUCGACUCAGCUAUGGAGAAAUGCAGGUCUCCAGCUUGCAAGGGCUCAGCAGGCCGAGAUCGGCACCUCAGUGCUGGAUGCCUCCAACCUCCUAAGCCAAAUCCCGGUCCCUGAGAGGGCUGCGCAUGAUGUUGUCUUCCUGGUGACGGGGCUGCCAGCUCAUGGGCAGCUCUUGGUGGCUGGUGUGCCCCUGGAGCGGUCACGGCCAUUCUUCCUGCAGUCAGACCUGGCCACAGGACGCCUGGCAUAUGCCCAUGGUGGAGACGGCAUCUCUGAAGACCAUUUCAGAUUUAAGGCUUGGCUCCGGCCCCGGGCGCAGCAGUCCAUCCGUCCUCCGCAGGAAGGGGUGGUCAUCUCCGAAGCUUUCAAUAUCACGGUGACCAGCGGCAGCAGCAGCAAGCCACCACAGGUGGUGAGGCGGCAAGAAGUGCUGCAGGUCCCACCAGGCUCCGUGGUGACCUUGUCCCAGGAAUACCUGGAUGUGGCAGACCCAUCAGGUUCCCCAGAGGAGAUGGUGUACAGCGUCCUCCAGAGACCCCUCGCUGGCCACCUGGCCAAUACCCACAACCCACAGGAGCCCAUCAACCGCUUCACCCAAGCAGAUGUCAACGCAGGCCGCGUGGUGUUUGUUGCCACCGGGAGCCAUGCCCCAGGGUCCUUAGCCCUGAGCCUCUCCGAUGGCCACCGCCCGCCCACCUUGACCUCACUGGAGAUCGAGGUGCUGUCUGCAGUGAGCACCGCUGCCAGCCCAGUGCUGCUGGAGGUGCCCCAAGACCUGAACAGGGCCUCCAUGUCCCACCAUCAUCUCCUGGGAGCUGCACAGCUCGGGGCAGGCAAUGCCCUGUACAGGAUCACCAGGGACCCAAGGUUUGGCCAAGUGCAGGUCAAGCAAAAGCUGGUGCAGGGCUUCUCGCAGAAGCAGCUGGACCGCGGGGACGUGAUGUUCACCUUCACUGACCUCACCUCUCCCGAGGACAACUUCCAGUUCCUUGCCAUGUCACGGGCAGCCAACAGGACCGGGGUGGUGAACGUGACCGUCCGUGCCUUGGUGAAGGCUCGGCCGGGCAGCGUGUGGCCCAGGGGCACCACAGCCCUCCUAGACACCAGCGUCCUCGACGCCAGCGAGCUGGCCAACCGCACCAAGAGCAUCCCAGUCUUCAAGAUCCGCAGGGCGCCCCGUGGCAGCCGUCUCGUGAGGGUCUCCAGGGACCCAGGACAACCCACCACCCCAAUCGAGACCUUCAGCCAGAGUGAGCUGGAGCAAGGGCUGGUCGGGCUGGAGGUGCUGGAUGCUGGGGAGACUGACCAGCCCCUGCAGAGUGACAGCUUUGUCUUUGAGCUGGCAGCUGCCGGCGUGCCACCGGCACUGGCAUCCCUGGGGUACAGCAUUGAGCCCUACAACGCCUCGAAAGCCUACGGUGUCACCCUGCUCACGGCCCCCCUGGCACCUUCGCCCCUGGUGCCCCAGCCCGAGGGCACGGCACGGAGCCGCCCCAACAGCAGCGAGCUGGGGAUGCCCCCAACCGCCUGGCUGGGUCCCGGUGCCACCACCAGCCCCAGCUCCGUGGAGGGGGGCACCUUUCUCAGCUUCAUCGAGGCCAACAUGUUCAGCAUCAUCAUCCCCAUCUGCCUCAUCUUCCUCCUGCUGGCUCUCAUCCUACCCCUGCUCUUCUACCUGCACAAGCGCAACAAGACGGGGAAGCACCACGUCCAGGGCACCCCCUCCUUCAAGGCCAAGAACGGGGCUGUGCCGGACCAGGAGACCUUCCGGAGGACGGACCCCAACCAAGGCAUCCCCCUAACGACUGUCAACACCCUGGAGGGCAAGGGCACGGGUCCGCCGCCCCAGGGCACUGGUCCCGGGGUGCCGCCAGACCCCGAGCUCCUCCAGUACUGCCGGACUUCCAACCCCCCCUUGAAAAACAACCAGUACUGGGUGUGAAGGGCUGAGGCACGGGGGCAUGAGACCACCUGGGGGUCCAGACCCUCCCAGACCACUGCCAGCCACCUCCUCCCGGCUCUCCUCCUCCUCCUCCCUGGGAGCUGGCAUCCCGCAGAUGCAGGAGGACCCUGGGGAUAUGGGGGCUGCUGGUCCGGCCCACCCGGGAGCCCCAAAUCUCCAGGUGGCUUUGGGCAGGGGAGGGGGGCACUGCAUAAGCAAGUGGGGACAGGCAAAAUGCCUGAGCAUCCCUGGGGAACACUGACUUCGGGUGCUCAUUUGGGCCACCCAACGGUGGCCACAGUGCUGGAGGGGACUUGACGGCACUGGUCCCCACCGAGCCACCCAGUCGGGUCCGGUGGUGGCUCCUCUGUGGGCAGCACCGACCGCCGCUGGGGUGUUUGCCACAGCUCUUGGCUCGAGAGGGAGGAUGAGGAGCGGCUUGCGCUGAGUCAGGCUGGGGAUGAAGCUGCCCAAAUCCCCCAGGGCUAGGCGGGCUGAGACACUGGAGCAGAGGCUUGGAAAAAACUCUGUGGCCAAUGCCAGGGGAAUUUAAGGAGUCCCCACCCACUUGGAAAAAACCCGCCUCGCUCUUUCUCUGCGUGCUUGCUGUGUGUUUCAUAAAGCAGAUUGCACCGAGCCCCCGGGGGGGUUGCACAACAGGUAGGAUGCCCUCGGCGGGGAGGGACGGCAGGCGCUCACCUGGGCAGCGUGAAACCGGAGAGGAGAGCGGAGAACCGGAGCCAGCACGGUUUUCCACUGUAUACUCCAGUACGGCAGAAGUAAACAGAAUAAAGUGCCUUUUCCGAGGUG